AUGACUGUCGAUCUCGAUGCCGCCCUCAAGUUUGCCAUCUCCAUCGCCAAGGAGGCUGGGCAGAUGAUGCGGGAUGGCCAGGCCCGCCGCUUCUCCCAGGACGCCAAGCAGGAGGAGAAGGCCAACUCGGUUGACCUCGUCACCGAGUGCGACCAGCAGGUCGAGAAGUUCCUUGUCGCCAAGAUUAAGGCCCAGUACCCGGAUCACAAGUUCAUCGGCGAGGAAUCGUAUGACGGAGAGCAGGUCACUGGCGACCCGACGUGGAUUGGUGACCCCAUUGACGGCACGACUAACUUCAUCCACGGAUUCCCCAUGGUCGCGACCUCGAUCGGCCUCGCCGUCGGCGGCGUGCCUGUCCUCGGCGUCAUCUACAACCCGUUCCUCGACCUCCUUUACACUGGUGCCGAGGGGCGCGGCGCGUACAUGAACGAGAGCAUUAAGCUGCCCACUGCCGUGCGCUCGCUCGACUCGCUCAGCGAAGCUCUUGUCGCAGUCGAGUACGGCUCGUCGCGCCGGGACCCCGCACUCUCGAACAAGCUUGAUACGUUCAAGCGCCUGACCGGCGACAAGCGCGACGGCCACAAGAUGGUGCACUCGCUGCGCUCGGUCGGCAGCGCUGCACUCAACAUCUGCUUCGUUGCCGCUGGGCAGCUCGAUGCGUACUGGGAGAUUGGCUGCUGGCCUUGGGACGUCUGCGCUGGCAUGGCCAUCCUCAAGGAGGCGGGCGGAGCGUCGUACGCCGGCAAGAUCACAGAAAAGAGCUUCUCAGGAGAGCCGAAUGCCUCUAUCAUGGCCGGCCGCAAGUAUCUCUUCGUCCGUCAGCUUCCUGCUGCCAAGGGCGAGACGGUGCGCGCUGCCCAGGCAGCCCUUGCCAAGCAGUUCUACGACAUUAUCGAGGAGUGGGACCCGGCCACGUAA